CCUUCCCAUUUCCUUUUAUCUCUCUCCCUCUCUGUUCUUCUUGAACAGAACCACCUAAAACACAUGUUUCUCUCUCAUUUCCCUUCCUUUCCAUCCCAUUCUUCUCUGUAAUUUCCCAUCUCUCUCUCCAUCUAAAAUGGGUAGUUCUUUGAGCAAGAAAACCAUCAUUUGUUCCUCUCCAAAUGCACUUCCAGACCCACUUCCAAAUCAAACCAAGACCCACACUAACCCCCAAUUAACAGACACGAAAAAGCCAGAAGAAGAGCCUCUGUUGUUUAUCGUUGUUGUCUUUGUUGAAAUCGAUUCGCCGCUGCUCAUCAUCACCAGUCGCAAGGUUCCCUCUCUCCCACCCUCGGUUGUUCCUUUCACAAGGGUAGUCGAUUUCAACUUUCACCGCUGCUCAUCAUCACCACUCGCAAGUUUUGCACGGGUGAAUCAUGGCGGUAUCCCAGUGCAAAGGCUUGGCUACUGAUGGAAGGAACUACUGGGGUGGUGUAGAGUAUUUAGAGAAUUCUAAUGUAGGAUGAUGAUGAUUAUAGUUAGUGGUCAUUUGUAUGGGGUUCCUGAAUUCAGUCAGCUUGUGGCAUUGUGAUUCAUGAGAGAGAGAGAGAGAGAGAGAGAGAGA